AUGGAGAGGCGGGAGCGGCUCUGGCCUGUGAUCGGGGUGCUCCACGCCUUCCUGAGCUUGUGUCAGCCUCACCCGGAGCCGUGCCACAUCCUGAGCCGCAUCGGACACACGGUGCGCCUGGGCACGGUGCUGCCGGAGCCGCGGGCCGCCGAGUUGCAACAGGCGCUGGUGGAAGCCGCCGACUCGGCGCUGAGGCGCCACCUCCUGCCCUACAACCUGAGCCUGGAGAUGGUGAGGGGCCAGGCGUGGAGCCCCGACCCCCAGUCCCUGCUGCAGUCCAUCUGCCAGUCCAUCGUGGUCCGGGGAGUGGCCGCCGUGCUCGCCUUCCCGCAGUCCACCGAGCAACUCGCCCAGUUGGACCUCCUGUCGUCUUUCUUGGAGAUGCCCAUCGUCAGCAUCUUGGAGCAGGGAGAGGGGCUGAGGACACAGAACCCGUUGCAUCUGCAGAUGAGCAUGGAGAGCUCGAUGACCUCCCUCAUGGAACUCCUCAUCAGUGUCUUGAAGACCAAUGCCUGGUAUGAUGUCAGCGUGAUUUUGUGCCACAGUUGGGAUAUCUCCAGUUUGCUCACCUACCUAAGCAACAACUCCAACUUCCAACUGCGGGCUCUGCUCAACCUCACCGACAUGGAUGAUGCGGGCAUCGUUCAGUUUUUACACCAGAGUUUGAACGAUCUGAAGGACUCGUCCAUGUCUGUCUUGAUGUUCAGCAGCGACGCCAAAUGCUCGGACUUUGUCUUCAAGGCGGCGGCCCGGUUGGGUUUGACGAGCCCGGACUUUCACUGGGUCAUCGGCCACCCGCUCAACAUCGAGGACCUGCAGACUGCGGACCUCCCCCUGGGUCUGCUCGCUUACGGCGAGGUGAACAAGCCGGUUCUGGGAAGCUACGUGAAGGAUGCAGUGGAGCUGAUCGCUCGAGCCAUCUCAACGGCAGUGUUCGUCGAACCCGACACGACGCUCAUACAAAGCAUGGUGAACUGUUACGACAAGCAGAUUGAAGGGAAGAUGUCUUCAGGUCAAUAUCUUUCCAGGUUUCUGGCAAACGCGUCGUUUGAAGGAGUGACGGGCUACGUCCAGGUGCAGGAGACAUCGCACAUUCACAGCAGCCAUCGCUACCACAUCUGGAACCUACGACAGGACCCGCUAGGAAAACCCACCUGGGUCAGAGUGGGCAAGUGGAACCAAGAGAAGAUAGAGAUCGAGCAGGGGAUUUGGCCCAACAGAAUACAACGUGAGAUGAACGAAGUCGGUGGUUCCUCGAACAUCAAGCUGCGGGUGGUCACCUUGGUGGAGUUGCCCUUUGUCUUCACCAGGGAGGUUGACCAGGACGGCAAUUGUCCAGCCGGCCACUUGUGCCUGGACCCUCACACCAACGACCCCGCUGCGCUGGCGCAGAUGUUCGAGGAGCUGAACAACGAGAACGGGUCGGUGUCGACGGAGUACAAGAAGUGUUGCUACGGUUACUGCAUGGACCUCCUGGAGCAGCUCUCCGACGACCUGGGCUUCGACUUUGACCUGUACAUCGUGGGCGACGGCAAGUACGGCGCCUGGAAGAACGGCCGGUGGACGGGGCUGGUGGGUGACCUCCUCAGCGGGGCCGCUCACAUGGCCGUCACCUCCUUCAGUAUCAACUCGGCGCGCAGCAGGGUGAUCGACUUCACCAGCCCCUUCUACUCCACCAGCCUGGGGAUCCUGGUGCGCUCCAGGGAUACAGCCGCCCCCAUCGGAGCCUUCAUGUGGCCCCUCCACUGGACCAUGUGGGUCGGCAUCUUUGUGGCUCUCCACAUCACCGCCCUCUUCCUCACCCUUUACGAGUGGAAGAGCCCCUUCGGAAUGACUCCCAACGGCAGGAACAGAAUCAAAGUGUUCUCCUACUCGUCAGCGCUCAACUUGUGUUACGCCAUCCUCUUUGGACGCACGGUUGCCAGCAAGACGCCCAAAUGCUGGACGGGCCGUUUCCUCAUGAACCUCUGGGCCAUAUUCUGCCUCCUGGUCCUGUCCAGCUACACAGCGAAUCUGGCCGCUGUCAUGGUGGGAGAGAAAACCUUCGAUAAACUCUCUGGGAUUCACGAUGAUAAGCUUCACCACCCGUCGCAGGGUUUCCACUUUGGGACGGUUCGAGAGAGCAGCGCGGAGGACUACAUGAAGAAGAGCUUCCCUGAGAUGCACGAGUACACGAGAUGGUUCAACGUCCCAACUACACUCGACGGGGUGGCCCACCUGAUGACUGACCCAUCGAAGCUGGAUGCAUUCAUCAUGGACAAGGCACUGCUGGACUAUGAGGUGUCCAUUGAUGCCGAUUGCAAGCUGGUAACAGUGGGCAAGCCAUUUGCAAUUGAAGGUUAUGGAAUCGGGCUGCCACAUAACUUUGGGCUAAAUUCGAACAUUUCUGAAUUGAUCAGCCGCUACAAAUCUGACGGAUUCAUGGACAUGUUGCACGACAAGUGGUACAAGGUCGUUCCGUGCGGCAAACGGACCUUUGAAGUGACAGAGACGUUACAGAUGGGAAUCAAACAUUUCUCAGGGCUCUUUGUGUUGCUCUGCUUGGGCUUCGCUGGAUCGCUACUGGCAAUAGUUGGGGAGCAUAUUGUCUACAGGCUGGUUCUCCCAAGGAUGAGGAAACGAAAACGAUUUAAGUACUGGCUCCACACAAGCCAGAAAAUCCACCGUGUUUUAAAUAUGACCUUUGAAGAGCAGAAAGUGAAGACAGAUAAAAGAUGUAACCUGCAGAAGGUCCAGAAGGUGCUCCCCACCACGACACGGGUAACUGCCGAGACCCGGUGGAACAACCAGAGACGUAUCAUUGUCAAGGACAACACAAAAAGCCAGACCGAGCUGGGGAGCCACUACGCACUACAAUCAGAGAAAGACUCAUCUGGUGUCAUCUGUGAGAACGGAGGAACUGACUACUGUCAGCAGAGGGGGAAGAAUGCACAUGAUAAUGAAAUAAAAGAACUGGAGCAAAGGAUACAAGCAAUAAAAGAGCAGCUCCGGAUUGCCUUGAAGAAGAGGGAUGAAUUGGCCUCUUCUGUCGAGCUGACUAAAGACGAUCACCAGACUCCUGCAGGCACUGGCACCAAAGCAAACAAUGACAGGAGGUGAUGGCAGCAUUGACUGUAUACAUGAACCUUUGGACUGGGGUAUACAACAAGUGGCUGCGCUCUUCAACCGACCAUUUGGAAUCCAUAAAAGCACAUUUCAAAAACACCUUUGCUGCAUGAGCAUUAAUUGCCGAGUAUUGUUGAUGAUGUGAAAGUAAACGUCAACAAGUGCAGUUUUGUUUCACUCGCACAUGAAGUCAGGUGCUUUCACUAAAACCCAAGAUGGAUGCAGUCCUUUGAAAAAAAUCAACAAUAAAAGACUUUGUAAAUGUAUUUAAAAUGUGCUUAACAUUGUAGAUGAAUUGAAGGAAAUCUAUUUCACCAGCAUCAGACUUAGAUGGGAGAAUGGCGAC